UCCAAUAUUCAUGGAUUCCUCUGAAUUUGAAGGUCACUUAACUCACACAGCUCAUAAAAGAAGAUGUCUCCGGGAGAUAUAGGACCGGAAUCGCCUUAUGAAAAACAACACUUGAUUCCAAUUUCCGAUCACAAAGAUCAUCGUGUCACUAAAUCCGCCGACCAUGGACACCGGGGAGAGUUCGUCGUCAAGAUCGACGGCAACAAUGAGUGUAACAACAAGAACAACAUCAAUGUUCUUCACAGUAAAGAUGCCAAGCAAGUUGCAGAGCCAAUCGAGAGUAAGUCAUGGAAGGAAUCCAGUUACGACUUCCGGAAAGAAGAUGGUACGGUAUGCAGAGAUGGAGAUAGUAGUUCCUUCUUUCGUCAGCGCCUGGGGAUUGUGGAGGAUCCUCCGUCGAGAUUGAUUGAACAGUUCUUGUACAAGAAGAAGGCUUCCGGGGAGAUAGCUCUGGAUAUGGAUUUGGAGAUGGACGAACUUCAGAUUCGAAGCGAUCGAUUGUCGAUGAAGCCCAACUGCCAAGUGUCCGAUGAUGAUUCAUCCGAUGAGGAGCAGCAGGACAAAACUCAAAUACCACCACCAGGCAGCUGUGGGUCUUCGAAUCUAAACGUUCAUGAAGGUGGUGGUGGUGGAAGAAGUGGGGUGGUAAGAUGUACGUCAAAUGCAGGGUUCCGGCCAGCUUCGGCAGGCGUCUUGUUGAGGACUAGGACAAGGUCGAGAUUGAUAGAUCCUCUGGACGAACAACUAGAACGAAGAUCUAGUAGAAAUACACCAAAAUCAUCAGGGAAGCUAAAUUUGGGUAUGAUAGUCGAUGAGGAGGAAGAUGACCUUUCCUUGGAGGACAUCCCUGAGGAAUUGAGAAAAGCAAAGCUAAGUGUAUUAACACUAUUUGAAUGGGCUAGUAUCAUUUUGAUCAUCUCUUCCUUUGUUGCUAGUCUUACAGUCCCUCGUUUAGAGAAGAAGCUUGUUUGGAACCUCCAUCUAUGGAAAUGGGCAAUUAUAAUGCUGGUUCUUCUCUGCGGACGGUUAGUCUCUGGCUGGACAAUACGGAUUGUCAUCUUCUUCAUUGAGCGCAAUUUCAUGUUACGGAAGAGGGUUCUUUAUUUUGUUUAUGGAGUGAAGAAGGGUUUCCAGAACUGUAUUUGGUUAGCUCUGGUUUUGAUUGUUUGGUAUGCUAUGUUGUAUAAGAAGGUGGAGCAAGAGAGUAAUGCUAAAAUCAUAUCAUAUGUUACCAAGAUUUUGGUGUGUCUCUUAGUGAGUACAUCUAUAUGGUUGGCGAAGAGCCUCCUGGUUAAGAUCCUUGCAUCAACCUUCCAUGUGAGAGCCUAUUUUGAGCGGAUCCAGGAUUCAUUGUUCAAUCAAUAUGUGAUCGAGAUACUCUCUGAAGCUCCUUCGAUUGCAACUCAGCAAACACGAGAAGGGAAUGAAAGUUGUAUGGCUGAGAUUCGAGAACUGCAGAAUGCAGGAGCAACCUUGCCAGAUGACCUUAGAGAAACUGCAGUUUGGGCCUCGAUUAAGGGUGCUGGGAAGGCGAUAGGACCACGGAGGAGCCCUAGAAUUGGCAAGCAACAAGAUGAGGGGAUCACUAUUGAUGAACUUCACAAACUGAACCAAAAGAAUAUCUCGGCAUGGAACAUGAAGAGGAUGAUGAAUAUCAUUCGGCGUGGAGUCACGUCCACAAUAGAUGAGCAUAAAUUAGAUAAAAAUCAUCACCAAUAUGAUACUGAAGUGUCAAAUAUCCAGAUCAAAAGUGAAUUUGAGGGGAACGAAGACUUGAUAGUAAUUAUAGAAAUCAUAGACAUAUUCAACAGGGUUAUUGGGUCAUUUCUUUCUAGGUACAUCUACCUAGAGGAUCUGAUGCGUUUCAUGGGAAAAGAUGAAGCUGUUAAAACUAUGAACCUCUUUGAAGGAGCAAAAUUAGAUAACAAGAGAAUCAGCAAGUUUGCUUUCAAGAAUUGGGUGGUUAAUGCAUUUAGAGAGAGGAGAGCCCUUGCUUUGACAUUGAACGAUACAAAAACAGCAGUAAAAAAACUUCACCAUAUGUUGAACAUCAUAGUGGGAAUCAUAAUCACCAUUACUGGGCUUCUGAUAUUGGGAAUUGCUACAACUCAUCUCCUUGUCUUCAUUAGCUCUCAACUCCUACUUGUGGUGAUCAUCUUUGGGAACACCUGCAAGACUACAUUUGAAGCAAUCAUUUUCUUAUUUGCAAUACACCCAUUUGAUGUUGGUGAUCGAUGUGAAGUAGGUGGAGUUCAGUUGAUAGUAGAGGAGAUGAACAUCUUGUCUACAGUGUUUCUAAGGGAUGACAACCUGAAGAUCACAUACCCGAACAGUGUUCUUGCUAUUUUGCCUAUCAGUAACUACUACCGUAGUCCUGACAUGGGAGAUGCCAUUGAUUUCUGCAUCAAUGUUUCCACUCCACUUGAGAAGAUUGCUAUCAUGAAACAAAGAAUAAUAAGGUAUACCGAGAUGAAGGAGAACUAUUGGUGUCCUGGUGCAAUGGUUGUGCUAAGGGAUGUUGAAGACAUGAAUAAACUGACGAUAUCAGUCUGGUUAUCACACCGAAUGAAUUUUCAAGACAUGGGGGAGAGGUUCGUGAGGAGGGAACGCUUGAUAGAGGAGAUUAUGAAAGUUCUUAAGGAGCUUGAUAUUGAAUACCGAAUGUUACCUGUUGAUGUCAAUGUUCGAAAUAUGCCAGCUUUAGCCUCUACACGACUUCCAUCUAAUUGGACUGGUUGAUCCUCUUGACAGCUACAGAUGCAAUGUCCUCAACAACAAAAGGAGUGGUGAGAGAUCAAGCUAUAUGAGGGCAGAUAUAGGAAGGCAUUUGAGGUACUGAUGAGGGUGGGAAGAGUAUGUGAGAUUAAGUGAUGUAGUAUUUGUUUUCACCCAAAAAAAACAAAAAAUGUAAUAUUUGUUAUAUUGAUAGGAAUCUACUCUUUCCAUCGCAUUAUAUAUGGCUGGGAAAACGAGAUUAGAAUCCAUCCAAGAUGUAGUAUUUGAUGAAUUUACUUAAUACAUAUUGCUUUUCCGUUUA